AUGGGUCUAGUUGACUCCACUCAUGUUGCAUUUCGUUCCUUUGUUUUCCAUAAUGAACAGUGCAGUUUCCGACCGGAGUCAGGUAAUUUUGUUCCGCUGUCCACCAGUUUAAAGUCCGAAUUACAGGAGUAUCAAUUUCGGGGAACACCACUACGCCGCAGCAAGCAUCCCAUUCGAAAUCCACAAUUCGCUGAUCGUGCUGUUCGGGAACUGGAUGAAGGGAACGAUGGAAAUGUCAGCCGGCCGAAUACCACUUCCCUUCGGCUUCCGGAAGUUGUAGACCCUUUUGCUUGUUUGAUGGGUAUGCCCCGAAAGCAGUGUAGUCAAUAUUGUCGGUUUACCAAGCCCCCGAACAUUGAGCAACUGUAA